AUGUGUCAGGUGUCAAGAUGUCAGACGUCAGAGUUCAAGUAUAGUGAUUUUAGUGUCAGUUUAAUGGCAACAACGAAGAUUAAACCCAGUCUGGUUCAAAGUUUAACGGCUUAUUGCUUCUUUGUAUUGGUUUUCCAUCAGUUUGCAAAAUUGGAUUUUGAGUUGUUUGAAUACUCAAGGAUUUGUCGAGACAUAACGAGGAACAUGGAAAAUCGAUGGCCACGUCAGGCUACGAUAAUUCGCUGUCGUUCACCUUUUGGCAAUUUUCUAGACACUGUUCGUUACUUGUGGUUUGUCUAUAUCAUAUUUUCAUUCUCGGUUACUCUUUUUCCGAGUCCAGUUGCUGCCACCCCGGUUAAAAGUCAUAUGAAAACUCUUAACGACGCUUUUCAGACCCAGGACCAAAUUUGUUCAGUGGAUCAUAUUAGCGGUCAGGGUAGUUACCGACAAUUGGUGAGUACUCUGGCAGGUCUCGAUUUGGGAAUUUUGGGAAAGAGCAAGAAAAUAUAUACAGGCUUCAAAUUCCAUAGAGUCUACAAUUUUGGAAGUCUCUUUGAUAAAAUGCAGCCCUCGAUUAAAAUGACAUACUGCAACCAGGGCAAAGUCCAGUGGCAAGCAGAGCAGAAAUAUCCUCAAGGACUAGAUUGGAAUAUUCCCAUAUGCGUUUACACCCCGACUUCGGUCCCAUCCACGGUCGAGACCAACCGGUUCUGGAAAAUAUUCAAGACAAAGCAGAAGUCCAAGGCACAACCACCAGUGAGCCACAAGCAGCUAGCCAGUGAAGAUCUCGAUAAUCUUCACUGCUUCAAAUUAGCACGUCGGGAAAAAUAUUAUCAUCGCAAUACUUCCAUCUAUCUGCCUAACAAAUGGGUCGGUGGUCUGUUUUACUGUAAUAUGGACAGUGACGCUAAGAAGAAUAUCUUGAAUAAUAUGAGCGAGGAUCUCAGUCUGGAAAACCUUGAUGACUCCAUUACAUGCGAUGCGACCAAUUUCAUCCCAUUGGAACCACUUAUAUCUGAUGGAUAUUCAAAGCAUUGGACAGAAGUGCAUCCUAAGUCAAAAUUACCUGUUCUGCGAAGAAUAUCGAGAACUCGCAUGAGAAAAAUUGUGCCCUUUUUACAUACUCCGCUUUUCAGUUCACGUUCCGGAAACUUCAGUGUAGAAUCCAGAACAUCCACGAAUGAAUCGGCACCAGCAGGACAGCUAUUCUCUCUGGCGAAUUAUUUUAGUUGGCGGGCAACCAACAAGCAAGCAAACAAACAAUGGUUUUUCGACCUCGAUCCAGAAGAGAGUUAUAACUCUGAAGAUACUGAUCACGCAAAGACUAGGAAAUCCCAAUUAGAAAACUCGCUACGGAAGUUUGAAAACUUUUUAGGUCGAGCAAACUUGCGUGGUGCUAAUAUUGUAAAAGGUCAUGCCAUCUUCGGUUCUCAAAGACAGCUUUCUUGA